UUAAACUAAUUUAAUCAUGUUUUACAAGAAAAACAAUUUAACAUUUUACAUUCUAAUUUAGUUUUCCUUCAAGAACAGAGGCAAAUGAUAAACAUAGCAUAAUUUUUCUCUCUAAAAUUAAAGGAUUCCAUUUUGCACUCUUCUUUCAGUAAUCAAUAUGGAAAUUCCCCCACCCCCUCCCCCAACUAAAUACCCAUAUUGCGCGCAAGACCACGCAAUAACUGCGUGCAGAUCAUCAGCGGUCAACUUGAAAACCAGCGGGCCGUCAAUCCAAUAUUCAGUUUCAGUUUCCAGCAUCACAUGCUUUACGCAGUAAUACAAUAUUUUUGUUAAUUUAUUAUUUUAAUAAUAAAUCAAAUAUGUUUCGGACAGUAGUAUUCACCUUGAGAAACAAUUCUACCAAAAUCCUAGAUCUCGAAAAAGGGAAAUCUAUUUCGAGCAAAAAGUUUGAUAUGGUUAAUCUGCUGAGGAAAGAUGGUGGAUUUAACAGAGAAUAUGUGAUUUCUGCGUCACCAGCUGACCGGGAUACGUCACACCUGGAGGAAUCCUUAUCCAUGCUACAGAAUAUGAAAGAACCGGUUCCAACAAUUUUUAAAGGAUCCUCCAGCUCACUCAAGAUUACUCCUAUCCCUACUACGCUACGUACGCGGGGUCCCGAGGAGUUUAUGGCAAACAUCAGGGAGCUUAUCCUUCCAAUACAGAAUUCUCUAGCUCAGCACAAACUUUUCCCAAUGCUUAACAGUAGGGAGGCAAUACAGGUGUUCAUGCAACUCCAUGUGUACGCGGUGUGGGACUCUUUGUCGAUGCUGAAGUGUUUGCAGAAGCAUUUAACCUGUGAAUCUGUUCCGUGGGUUCCUUUAGAUCAUCCAGAAAUAACCAGGUUGAUCAAUCAUCUUGUCCUGCUAGAAGAGUCAGAUCUGGACUGGAAUAACAAACCCCAUUCUCACUUUGAGAUGUAUCUGGAUGCUAUGAAACAGAUGCACGUGGAUACAUCUAACGUAGAAAACUUCGUUGAGUUGAUUAGGAAAGGAAUGUCAGUAUUGGACGCCAUUAACUCCACGCGGCUGGAGGAGGGUGUCGCGGAAUAUUUAAAAACAACGCACGAGAUUGUUAGCAGCGGGAAGGUUCAUGUUGUCGCGGGAGCAUUUGCUUUCAGUCGUGAGGUCAUAAUACCACAAAUCUUCAGUCAAAUACUGGAUCAACAGGAUUGGCGAGGGAACCAUGCUCGGCUGAGUUUCUAUCUCCAACGACAUGUUGAUCUAGCCGGAGAAGGCUUCGAGGCCGCCUCGGUGGAGAUGGUCAAGACCCUCUGCGGAUGGGAUAAGCAGAUGUGGGAUGAGGCGAAUAGAGCGGCACAGGAAUCACUCCGCGCAAGGAACCGGUUAUUCAACGCUAUCGCCAAACAGAUCAAAUUGGCAAGGAGGGUGGAGAAGAUUAAGCUUUGAAUUUCUUUGUGGAUUAUUUUGUGAAGAUUUAUUCGUAUUAUAUACGAUCAAAAACUAAGACAUUUUUGAAUUAGAAAUAAUGUUUUAAAUAAAUUUAGAUUUUUUUAUGA